AUGAAACCAUGGAGAGCAUUUUCUGUUGUAUUCUGUAUCUUCAGCUGCUUCUUUGUGUGCUUAUCUCAUGCAUCAGACUCCCUCAGGCAUGGACAGUAUUUAUAUAGAAAUGAAACCUUGGUUUCUGCUGGUGGAGUGUUUGAGCUAGGCUUUUUCAGCUCCCAUGCUGCACCAAAUGGAUACUUGGGAAUCUGGUUCAAGAAUGACAAGAACCAAAAGCCAGUUUGGGUUGCAAAUAGAGAUAGCCCCUUUAUGGAUUUCCCAGGAGUACCGGGUUCCUCAGGAGUAUUUCUCACCAUCAGGUAUGAUGGGAACAUGGUGAUUAGUGAUCAAAGAAAUGCUCCGUUUAUUCUGAAUUAUGGAGCACUUGCAUCAAGCAAUAACACACGUGCAACAAUAGGUGACUCGGGAAAUCUAAUUCUCAUGGAAGGAGAAGAGAUUUUGUGGCAGAGUUUCUAUUAUCCGACAGAUACAUUUCUUCCUGGAAUGAAAUUGGGGUUGUUUAACAUGAAUACUGAGCAGUUGAGGAAACAGUUUCUAGUAUCCUGGUUUAGCUCAUCUGUCCCUGCUGAUGGUUCUUAUGCUUUAGGCAUUGAUCCUGUAAACAAUACUCAGUUCAAUGUCUGGCGCAGUGAUGGUGCUUACCAACAGAUUGGCUUGUGGGAUGGCCAUGAAUUUAAGUUCUUCUUCCAAAGCACAUCAGAUAAUCUCAAUUUCAGCUUUGUUUGGAAUAGCAAUGAGAUUUAUCUUACUUUUAACAACAAAAACACUAGCAUGCCUUCAUGGUUUGUGUUAACCUCAAAUGGGGAGAUUAAUGAGUUCAGGAUGGUAGGGCAGGAAAUCGAGAUUGUGGAUUAUUCACUAUGUGAUGACACAAUGGCACGCAGUUCUAAUGGCUGUUUGGUGGCGAUGCCAUCAGCAUGCUCAGGUGGAGAUAAUUUCUCAAACACCAGAGGAUCGCUGCCGAGUUCAAUGGUUUUAAGCUGGCCAAUUCAUGUAGAUCCCUAUGACUGCGAGAUAUUGUGCAGGAACAAUUGCUCAUGUGUUGCAUAUGCAUAUAAGCCAUUGCAAGAUGAAGGAAUUCUAUGUCAACUUUAUUAUGGAAAUAAAAGCGAUCUUCUGAAACUGGUAGGGACAGGAAACAGCACUGUUUAUGUGCGUGGUAAUGCUUCUAAAUCCGAUAGGAAGCUGUUGGUUGUCACAGUUAUGGUGAUUCCCUUGGUAUUCUUCAUUUUGAUCUUAUUGCUGCAUCGUUUAUGGAGAAAGUUUUUAGCAGGAAUUUAUGGCUUCCAUAAUGGCAUGAGAGACAGUAUGAGGUUAUUAUUGUUGCAGUUGAGCUCUGAUGAUAAUGCAAGCAGUCCCAAUGUUAUAGAACUUGGAACGAAGAAGGAUCAUGAGUUGCCAUUUCUUAGCUUUUCCUUCAUAGUGACAUCCACCAAUAAUUUCUCUCUUGCAAAUAAGCUUGGACAAGGUGGUUUUGGACCUGUUUAUAAGGGUAAGUUACUAGAACAUGACAUUGCAGUCAAAAGGCUUUCCAAAAAUUCUAGACAAGGACCGUUGGAGUUCAAGAAUGAGGUGCAGUUAAUCUCUAAGCUCCAGCACAGAAAUCUUGUUAAGCUUUUGGGUUGUUGCAUUCACCGAGAAGAAAAGAUAUUAAUCUAUGAGUACAUGCCCAACAAAAGCUUGGACUCCUUCAUUUUUGAUCCAACAAAGCGAAGACUAUUGAAUUGGACACAGCGCAUACACAUAAUUGAAGGGAUUGGUCAAGGGCUUCUUUAUCUUCACAAGUACUCUAGAUUAAGAAUUAUUCAUCGAGAUCUGAAAAUUAGCAACAUCUUAUUGGAUGCUUAUAUGAACCCCAAGAUAUCAGACUUUGGCUUGGCUAGAAUUUUAUCCGGGAAUGAAUGUCGAGCCAAAACAAAUCGGAUUGUUGGAACAUACGGUUAUAUGUCUCCUGAGUAUGUGAUGCACGGCCUUUUCUCAACAAAGUCUGAUGUAUUCAGCUUUGGAGUCAUUGUGUUGGAGAUUGUAAGUGGCAGGAAGAAUGCAAACUUUCAUGAGUCAGAUCAUUCUUUGAACUUACUAGGACAUGCAUGGAAUUUAUGGAAAUCUGGGCGAUGCUUGGAGUUGAUGGAUUCGACAUUGGCCGAUUCAAGUUCAACGGAUAGCCUUGCGCUCUGCAUUCAGGUGGGACUUUUAUGUGUCCAAGAUUGUGCAGAAGAGAGGCCAACCAUGUCAGAUGUUGUUUCAAUGUUCAGCAAUGAAGGGGCAACUUUGCCUACGCCUAAACAGCCUACAUAUUCUAACUUAAUGACAGAGGUUGAUAAACCAUUAAGACGUGAAGUGCAUUCUGAAAAUCUUUUGACAUUUUCAGCCAUGGAAGCACGAUAACAACUUCAAACUUGUAUGCUCAAGUUUAUGUACAGAUGGAUUGCCUGUAUAGUUCAUGUUCCUGUUCAUGUACAGAUGGAUUGCUCAAGUUUUGAUCCAAUCCACAUUGUUGCACUGAAAUUUCUGCUUCUUAACAAAUCAACUUUUUCGUAAGAAACCACAAGGGUUUUUGAACUUUUGCAUUCAUUUCCUAUAAUUGUGUAUGCCUUAUGUUGCGGGGCUGUCAGGUUGGCCAUA